AUGAGAGAGGGUCAUCACUUCUAUCAGGAUGUUAGGAAUAAAAAUGGCGGUGGCCGAGUAGAGGGUAGUCUCUUAAACUCUCUCCCGCACCGGGGCGGCCAGGAGGCGGGGCCGGGCCGGCGCCACGUGGGCUGCCCUCCCGUUUGGGCCGCCCCACCUCCAGAGCUGAGGCGCCUGCGCAGCUGCUUCAGGCCCUGCUCGGCCUCACGGAGCACGCGCGCCUUGCAGUACUCUGAUUGGCGGCUACGCCUCGCUGUCGAAGGUCACCGCCCAGCUCCGGCGCUCGUGCGUUUACCAGACAGUGGCGGAGGGCGGCGCUCGCUUGUUGUCCAGGCCGCCGUACACGGCGAGAACGCGCGGAGCGGCCUCGGCUGCGUCCGGGCAAUCCAGUGCUUGGUUCCGCCGUACCCCUUUCCGGGACCUCGUUCGAGCAUGUUCCCCAAGGCCCAGGUGAGACGGAUUCUGCAGCGGGUGCCCGGGAAGCGGCGAUUCGGCAUCUACCGGUUCCUGCCCUUCUUUUUUGUCCUGGGAGGAACGAUGGAGUGGAUCAUGAUUAACAUACGCGUGGGCCAGGAGACUUUCUAUGAUGUCUACCGUAGAAAAGCCUCAGAAAGACAGUAUCAGAGAAGGCUGGAAGAUGAAUGAGACUGAACUUCAGCAGUCAAUAAAGUCAAUGUGAAUUUUUACUA